CCAACAAAAUUGUAGCCUAGAGUCUAGACCCCGACAGCCGGUUGGAAAAGCAGCACAGCCACAGCUUUGUGCCUUUUCCACUAACCAACCACAGGCAACCCAUUCGUAAGGCUAGAGAUGGGAGCGACUUCCCAAAACGUUCAGUCGAGACUACCAAUCGGCUGAGUCGGGUCUCCUAUCGUGCGAGCAUGGUUCUAGAAUCACGAAAAUGAGUGUAUAACAUAGUUACCACACAAUCCUUUGGGCCGCACUCAAACCCCCACAUUUUUACUUCAUACCAGCGGAGCGAUAGUUGAAGUCCUCAUGAAUGUUUUCAAUCCUCGCAUUCUUGAUGCCAGCAUCCGCGAUGUGACAGGGUGUCUAUCCGAUACUCAAAAGGCUGAUGUUCUGCUCCACGCCUUGCAGCAUUUACCGCCCGAAGGGUCCCGAAUUGUCAUGGAGAACGCUGUUCAAUCGUUUCUCCAGGUCUCAGGUGUUCCACCAGCAGAUGUUGCAAGAGGUCUUCUGUUACGUGCCAAAACUCGCUUGGCAGCUGGGUACCGUACUUCCGCACAACAAGAUUUGCUGUCCGUGCUAUGUUCCGAUCCCGCAAAUCAAGAUGUUAAGGCUAUAAUACAAUCUGAACAUUUGCGACAAGAAAUGCUUGUUAGGGAACCCGAUGGUCCGCCUCGUUUUUCGGCUGAAGUCUGGAGAGAAAUUGCUCUCUGUCUUCCCAAGCGUGAUCUGAAGUCUCUUUUAUUAGUUCCGCAUGCACUUUCUCGCAUCGCAAGUCAGCUUAUUUUCCGCGAGAUCGAUUUACAUUUCACGGCGUCGCCGGAUCUCUCCAGAGUUGAGAACAGAUACAGGGGUGUCCAUGGCGGCCACGAGGAGCAGGAGCUCGACGCCUGGCACUACCAGCGAAGUGCAGACAUUCUUACCCGCAUUCUCGUGGAUCCCGUAUUUGCCUUGCAGGUCAGGAGCUUAAGCGUAUAUGCCGUUGUUUCCGACGCGUCACAUACGUUGGCUUUCCAGACUGGAAUGUUAAUAAAUUCUUUGCCUAAGCUCUGCAACCUUCGCAGUGCGCAUUGCUCAGGCAACAAGGAAUUAAUCACCCGCAUGCUUGAAACGAUGUGUGCCUCGAACCAUCGUCUGUACUGCCUGUCUAUUAACCCCGUUAAUCGUUCAGGGGACAUUGACAUCCCCCCGUUCAAGCACAUCACACAUUUUUCCAUCAGCGCCGAGGGAGGGAGUGGCACAUCUACCCAUAAAUUCAUAUCUCAGAGUCAUGACAACUUGCGCUCGCUGGUUAUCAAGAACACAAACUGGACAUUCCCGACGGAUGCCAUCUCCGUCCGCCACUUGACGACCAUCGAGUUCGAAGGCUGUUUUUCCGUAGAUAGCCAGGUCUUUUCAGAGAUCUUGUCAACUGGCCACCAGCUAGAGUCACUAACGUUGUCAGGUAUUCUGGAGUGCACUCCAUCAGCGACGUUCCGCAUGUAUCGGUCCUCGCUUCCGUUCCUGAGGCACUUUGCUCUCAAGAUUGUCAGUCUGCAUCGACAUGUCACGGACCGGGACCUCGUGCCUGCUAUCUCGGAAUUCUUGAGAGAUCGCAAACAUCUUCACUCGUUCCACCUCAUCAUGCCCAGUGCAGACCAUCGUCGCAUUGGCUUUGACGCGUCUGCUUGGGGUGUACUACCUUCUCUAUCAAACCUCCGCAGUCUUUGUAUAACUUAUCCCAGAGAUCUUUCUCCUUCGCUAGCAGGGUGGCUGAUUCCGCGGAGUGUUCGUGCGCUCACUAUGGAGAUCACGGUACCGCCUGCAGAGGACCUUCUUGUUUUCAUGAACCAAUUGCGUCCCGGAAUCCCACCCCUUCUCACGUUUGUUGGUAUGAUAAACUUCCCGAUACGCUCCGUCAUCAGCGUGAUCGAGCACGGCUUCUCUAACGUACAGAUUGUGCGUAUCGACGAGAGUGUCUGGAGCGUCAUUCGCUUGGAUGACGGGUCAAUAGAGAUCGAGCAAUGGCCAUAUCGAAGGAUCAAGUUUCACGCGGCGGCGUGGUUGGAGUCCCUCCGGUGUGAAGAUGCAAUGCGGCAUUUGGCCUGAUAAAAACGAGGGAGAGGUUUAAAAACAUUUGAAUGCACAAAAUGUGAGGAAUAGCAUAGAAUAAAUCGCUUUGGACGGAGUGCCGCUGUGCGCACCUGCUGAUAACAUCGUGG